AUGCCGGAAAUCAAGGCCCUUUUAACACCGAAGGUUGCCAUUCCCGUCGCUUCUGGUGCUGUUCUGCUGAUCGCGGCAACAUUUGUAGCUGUUUUUUAUAUAAGAAAUCCAACCGUUGCUGAGAAUCUUUUCUCACACGAUGGCGAAACGACAACGACUACCGAUGAUGAUCGUCGACUUCACGCUGGGACUGUCGCAGGAGUUCCACAUCCUUCCACCUCCUCCGCUCAUUCUGUGAUGAUGACCACACGAGAACCUCCAGCAAACGGAAUCUCAGCGACGACAUCCAGUUCUGGAUCUUCAACAACAUCCCAUGCGACUAUGAUGAGCACCAUAACUGCUGGCGCUGCAAGUGGACAUCCAGGAAAUCUGGAUAGUUCCGCCUCAACCGUUCACGCUAUCGAGCCAACAAAACGCGAAAAAUAA